GAAACAUUCCUUGGGGAUGGGAGGUGGUUGAAAAUAAGCCGAAGAGACUUAAACAGGUUGAAAACAUUUAGUCAGUGUUUGGCAGGAUGGAUCCCAAAGCAGCUGUCUUGGUGAAUUCAGAUCUUCCGUACGGACACAUUCUUUGCCAUGAAAAAUGGAGGACUUCGUCUCUUCUUCAGGCCCUAAAAGAUGGAGGUGUGAAAAUCCUCUUUGAAAAGGAGCUGGGUGUCGCAGAUUUUCAUCUUCCCAGCAAAACGAGGCUUCUUUACGUGUCAGAGUGUGACAUAAUAGCAGGAAAUGGCUACAAAAGGAAGCUGGUUCGAUACAGAAACGCCAGUAGCAGCUUUCAGGAGCUGGUAUUAGUGGAGAGGACACGGCUCAGUGAGCAAUACUUCUCUGCUUUGCAGAGAUUUGUGGUGUUUGACUUAGGUUUGUCUCUGCUCCCAGUUAGUGGGCAAACAGAAGCCUCACAGCUCAUCACUCAGAUUGUCCACGGGGAGGGCAGAGAGAAUCCUUUUAGGCGGAAGACUUCAGGUCAGCUGUUGGACUCAGUGACCCUGAUUUUGGUCCAGCAGAUCCCUGGGGUUGGCAGGGUCAAAGCUUUGACUCUGAUGCAGAAUUUUCCCAGUCUCAAGGAGAUCUCCAACGCAUCUCCCGCUGAGCUAGAGCCCAUAGUGGGSGAGGGGAGCGCCCAGCAGAUCCACAGCUUCUUCCAUGGAAACCUUAUUACUGGAACAUAAAGACUGACUUGUACUUUUCAGUGUUCAUUGGGCCAUUAUAUAAAUUAUAUGGAGAUGCAAUGCAUCUCAAUGUGUAGACUUUAAGAAAUCUUUUUGUUAAAAAUAAAAAAAUUUAACCACAA